CCUUCUGCUUCUUGACAGAGAUUUCAAAAUGGCCGCCACGAUGUAGAUUUGUUUACGUAGCAGAUUACUUUUACGCCUAUUUUUGGUUUUUAACAAUUUUUCUCGUUUUUUAAAUGAUCUUUUGGUGUUAUCUUUAAUUGAAUUCCACAUUCCAGAAAUGACGGAUCUAUGUAAAGAAAACUUUGACCAAAUUUGUCGACUGUGCUCAUCCUCUAUCAGUAGUGUCAAACAUCAAAUUUACGGAAAAUUGGAGAUAUUCACUACAAUUACGGAAUGCCUACAAAUUAAGACUGAGAACGACGAUGGCUUGCCAUCUAAUAUAUGCGAUACAUGCCUAACAUCAUUGCAAAACUUGAAACAAUUUCGAGCCAUGUGCUACAGCACCCAGACCAAACUCCUUACCUGCAUAGGCGUCAAUGGAGAACAAGUACACAAAAAACAGGUAAAAAAUGAUAGUAUGGAUGAGUCUGAAAAUGCCGAUCCCGACCCACAAUCAACCCUCUCUAGUGAUAAUGAAGAUAUGGAAAUUAAAGAAAAUGGACUUGAAGAGUCAUUGAGGUUACCAGAACUAUCAGAGCCGGGCCCUGAAGAUUAUGUGCUGAUGAAAGAAGAAACCUUUAGUCUGGACGCAUCUCGUGAUGGAAACAGCUCUAGAUCGAGCCUUGGAGCAAUUCUGGCCGACCACCUGAUCGAGUUCAACAACAAUAACAACAACAGCAGCGCGACCAACAACAACAGCAGUGGCACAAAUGGAGCAGCAACAACAGCAGGCGGCAGCAGCAGUCCGCCACCGCCAUUGGACAAGGACAGAGACCUGGUCGACGGACAGAAACUGCGAAAAGACGUGCUGGCGCCCAUGUGGGACGUAUUCGAAAAGAUAUGGCCGCGCAAAGACUCUACUAAUGGCGGCAGCGAGAAAACGAUGGUGAGAGUGGUGCACAGGAGGUACGUGGUGAGCAAGCUGGCGUUUCCCUGCUCGCUGUGUGGCGAAUGCUUCAAGUUCGACCAGGGCUACGAGAGAGGUGGCACUCCCGACAGCAAGUCAUACGACUGCAAUACUUGUGGCAAGGUGUUCCCGAAACGCAUCUAUUGGAAACUGCACCAGGCGACGCACGAGGACGUGAAGCCGUUCGUGUGCCGGAUGUGCGGCAAGGGCUUCGACCGCAAGGACCACCUGACGCGGCACCUGUACACGCACGGCUCACUGCGCCUGCGCCAAACUGCGCCGCCGGACUGCAGCAGCGACGCGCCGGCCGCCUCAGCUGUCAAGCAGUUCGCGUGCACGCGAUGUGCGGAGACGUUCGGCCGUCGCGAACACCUAACGCGUCACAUGAAGCGCGCGCACAACAUCGACUUGCUCGAGGAGGCUGAUCUGCGCAAGUUCCCCUGCGACGUCUGCCACAAGGCAUUCACCCGCCGCGAACACCUCAGGCGCCACCAGCACAUACAUCAGAAGGAGAAUCCGGCCGCUUUGUUCAUGGAGGUACAGGCGUCAGAGGGGGUGGCGGAGGCGGGGAGUGAGGAGGCGGUGUCACCGCCGCACAGCCCGAGUGAGGCCAGCAGCCACAAGAUGGCGGCGGCAGUCGCACUGAGUGAGGCCAGUAGCCACAAGAUGGCGGCGGUGGCAGUGAGCGAGGAGCGUGUCGUCACCACCGGCAAGAAGCCGACCAUUGUCAACUGCCACAUCUGCUCCAAGGGCUUCUCUAGGCGCAGUCAUCUCUCCCGUCAUCUCAAACAGGUGCACAAAGCAGUGCCAGAGACGUGCGACGAGGUGCACCGGUGCGAGGAGUGCGGCAAGCAGUUUGGCCGCCGCUACCACCUGGAGCGCCACGCCAAGAUCCACCAGGCCAGCCGGCCUCCACCCGGCUACGAGUGUGUCACCUGCGGCGAGGCCUUCACCCAGUCCGAGGCACUCGACAAGCAUAUGACCAGCACCCACGGCAACCAGCUCAUGCACGACUUUCUCUGGAUGUGACCAAUUAUAGUUCUAGCAUCGCUAAUUGCUAUAGUCUUAUUGCCACAAUCCGAAACAUUCAAGUUAUGAUUUCAUUAAAUGCGACUUGAAAUUAAUUUAUUGAAACAUUUCGAGAUCAAUUCAACCUCAAAAUUUUCCAAUAAAUCAGUAGUGUGUGACACUUCCCAAUUUCAAGCUGUUUUUUUUUUCAAUAUAAAUAUACCGCAUCAACAGAGAAAAGCGACUUGAAAUUGUUUCAUUGGAACAUUUUGAGAUCAAUUCACCCUCAACAUGUUUCAAUAAAUCAUUGGCUGUGACACUUCCCAAUUCCAAAUCAUGUUUAUUCGAUAUUAAUAUACCACAUCAACAUAGAACAUUGAUAUUAUCCUAAAAGGAAUUCUGACAAUGUAAAGUGAAUCUCACUAUAUCAAUAUCACUCCCGAAAAAGGCAUGCUUUUUUGUUGAUAAUACGUAUCAGGAUGGGACACUAUGGAAAAGAUUGUCACUUUUAACAAACAAUAUCAAAUAAUUCUCAAUCGAAUUCAAGUUAUAGCAUUAGAAAUUGGUAAAGCAGACUCACGUCAAAAUGUCAUAUCCAUUAAAAAUGGUGACAGUUUAAAAUUAAUCCUAUCAUAUCAAUAUCACUCCCGCAAUAGGUAUGAGAUUUUGUAGAUAAUACGAAUCAUGAUAAACCCUAAUGUAUGCAAUAGAUUCGUAAGUUGCACCAAUACAACCGCAAUCGUAUUCUGAAUCUAAUUCUAGUUGUAUCAUUUAUUGAAUGGAAAAUUGGUGUUAAAGUAUACUAUAAUAAUAUAGUAUAUUUCAAAUAAGUUUACAAUUUAUAAAAUCUUCAAUUUUGAAAUACCCACCUAUCAUAGUGUAUUUGAUUUAAUCAAAACGCUUAUUAAUUAAUAAUUAGAAGUGUUUGAAACACUAGUUUGUUAAAAGAUUUGCAGUAACAUAAUUGGUGCUAAUAUUAUUUUAAUUUAAAUAACUAAUAACAUUAAUAAUACAAAAAUAGUUUACUUUUUAAAUUCAGUCUCAGAUUUGUAAAAUGUAUUAUGAAUAUUUUUUAAAUUAAACUUUUUCCUAAAUUAAAUCUUUUCAAAGAAAAAAUAUUUUUCCAAGUUUAAGACCCUUAUUUUUCAAUAAAUAGUCAUGCGAUUCUACAAUUGAAAUAUUUCCAAGUUUUUUCAUUCAAGAUUUUUUGUUCAUCAUACAUAAUGUGGAUUGAAAGUACAAGUAUAAAUUCUCAUUUACUUCAAUUCUGAGUGUAAUGUAUUAUAUUUUAAAUAUUGAAUCACUUGAAGUCAGUUGAGAACUCCAUAGCGUCCCGUUAUGAUAUUUCGAUUAUGUGCAAUAAUAAGUAGGCCUAUCCUCUGCAGGGUUUAAUAUACCAUUUGACCAUAAUAAACAGACCAAUGUAGAUCGGUAUUCAGACUAUAAAGGUAAAGUUUGGUGUGUUAGAGAGCAAUUCAAAUUGUGAAUUACUAGCUAUCUGGCAUGCCAUGCUUUGUUUAAUUCACUGUGAGUGCAUUUAUUUCAUGUGCUCUGCUCUUUGGCACGUUCAUUUGAAAUUAGUAAUUCGUGCAAUUAUCUGGAUUUUGUAAAUUACUGUAUGAUCGUGUACUGUAUGACAUAAGGUUGAUGGAUUAAACCAUUUUACUAUCAUUAACCUACUAUGAAGUUAUUGGACCAAAGAAAUGAAGAAAUUGUAUAUUUUCAUCUAACCAAUGAACACAAUGGAUUUGAAAAAAAAAUAGAAAUGAAUAUCUUGCCCUUGAGUUAUGUAUUGUACACACAAUAAAUGUGUGUGUUUGAGAGUUAUUAUAAAAUGGCAUUAAGACUAAUAAUACGAGUAAAAUAUUCUGAUCGUUCAGUUGAUCCUAGUUUAAUGAGGCUCAUUUCCUAAGAUUUCUUGUUAGCAUUGCCUUAUAUCGUGGUUGUUCUUCAUUACAAUAGAUUCAACUAUACUCUAUUGCCCUACUAUGUGUAACAUAGUACCCUACCCGACUUGGUGUACAAUGUAUUCCAUGCCGGAAGUUACAUCAAAAAGAUUAUAAUAAUUUUGAAAAGUUAUUACUGUCUACUAUUAAAAUUAGUCUAUUACUGUCUGUAUGUCAUUUUAUAGGACACAUUUUGACAAAUCAUAGAUCCAUAAAACAUUGCAAAUGUGAUACAGAAUUGAUUUCUAUAGAGUGGAUUGAGCUCAUCUAGCGAGCAACUUGUGAAAAACACGAUGAUAUUUACAAUACAAUAUUUAUCAAUAAUACGUAUCAAAUUUCAACUAGAUUGGUUGUUGUAUCAAAUACUACUUGAAUUUGCAUUCUCUAUUCAUUGUACCAGAAUUUAUAAUAGUUAUAAUGGUGGUGAUUGAACUCAGUCUAAAAAUUGCUAUGUGUUUUAUUCAUUAUUAAACAUUAUUAGACUAAUUCUGAUUGAAUAUGAAGAUUAUCGUGAUUUCAAUAAAUUUAUCCAAAUGGAAAAUAUUUUAUUCUAUUUUUGAGUGUUUAACUUCGUUGCAUGUUCAAAUAAUAUAAUAGCUAAAUCAAUUUAAAAUAAAAAUAAUGACAUGGUUCAAUACAAUGAGACAGUACAGUUGUUGAAGAUAUUUUUGUGUUCAAAGAUAAAUAUACUUUUUAUUAGAAAUUUUUUUAUGGGAGAACCAGGGUCUGUGAACUUUUGUUAUUCAUCGCCUAUCGAUUAUCGUUUUAUUUUUUGAAAUUAUGAAAAUUAAUUAAUUAUAUUUUCAAUUUUUUUUCAAAUUAGUUCGCUUUGAUGCAAUCUCAAGCGUAUUUAAUUUUAUUGAUCGGGAAUCAUUUUUAUUGAGUUUUCAGUAAUAUUUUCUUGCCAAAAAUGUCCUUGAAUUAGAAGUAUUGUAUGCAUACAUAAUUAUUCACUUUUUAUUACCUCAACGAUUGAAUUGUCUCAUAUUUAGAAACUUAUGAUAUAUUAUUACUGUGAUCCACUUAUUUGUGGAUUGUAUUUAUAUAUAUAUAAACGAUUUAUAGAUUUAUAUAUUUAAAACAGUUGUGUCUUCAAAUUUUAUGUAUCUAAUUGUGCCUUUCAUCAAAUACAGUAUAUUAAGCUAGAUGUUCGAAUAUAUCUACAUUUACAUGUGUGGUGUUAUGCAUUUGAUUAUUUUAUUAAGAAAUUGAACUAAUGGCACAUUCCUACUCAUAUAACAGACAUUCCAUGCUGACUAAAGGUAGGCGCACACAGAUCGUGAUCGGACGGACGGCACGCAUCGGAUGGAUCGGUGGAUCCAAUUUCCAAUUGAAAACAAUGCAUCAAAUAUAAUAAUCCGAUCCGUCCGAUGCGUGCCGUCCGUCCGAUGACGAUCUGUGUGCGUCUACCUUAAGUAUGUUCUAUUACAUAGAAAUAAUUUAUAGAUAUUAGUUUAAAAGUUUUAUUACGAUAGAUUGUAAUUUCUACACACUGAUAUUAUUUUUAAUUUUAAGUAGCUAAAGAACAAGAUACGAUAAUUAUACGUAUGUUGUAUCUAUUUCUUGUUGAUGUUGGAUGACUAAAAGGUUCUCUCAUUUGAAUUCAAAUUAGACUUUCAUUGCACAUACCUUCUUUAAUUGGCGCAAUUAUGUUGUUUUAAUUAUUGAGCAUUUUAUUCAGUUUUGUAAUAGUCUAUUUUUAUGUUAUUGCUAUGGAAUAUAUUUUAUUGAUUGUUAUUAAGAUAAGUUAGUUUAUUUUACAGUAAAAAAAUGUGUUCAAUUGGUUUACUUUUCUAAUAUUAUUGUUAGGUUGUGGUUUUUUACUUGUCUUAUUACAUUUUUAAAACUACUCAUCGUUUAAAUUGUGGUUAUCCAAAAUUGAAGACUUGAUAAUACAAAUGUUACUUUAUAAUGUAUUCAUCAUUCCUUAGUAUAUAAAUUAUUAUUAUUAUCAUUUUUCAACAUUUGGGAUAAUUCAGAUGUACAGCAAUUGCCGAUCACCAUAAAUUGAGAAAAAAAAAUCUUGAAGGAUGUUGGUGUUACACGCUUGUAAUAUUUAUUUUUUUGUUUUCAUAACUUUUAGUUACUUUACUUCUAUCGACCUAAUUUACAAAGUGCAAUUCAAACUCUAAUGGAAACCAAAGUAUCCAAAAGGUUUCGUCAAAAUUAAUUUUGUUUUAAGUUUAUUGUUCUCUAUAAUUUAUCAUCGACUGAAUAGUAAAAUUCUACGACAAAUAAUUACUUGAAGUAGUUUACUUGUUGCAAUAUCAUAAAUUUUAUCAAAUGUUAUUAUAAAUUGAAAAAAUAUUUAUUUCUUACAGUUAUUUCCUUUACAGUAUUGUAAUGAAUUUGAAGUUCCAAUGUUCCAUUAUUCUAAUACAUGGUAGAAAAUAUUGCCAUCGUGAGAAACAUAUUUUUACAAAUUCACAAAUAUGAAGUAUAAUAUAAUUGGAGUUGGAAAACCGCUUUCCCGUGGCUUGUAUGUCCUCUCAUAUCUCAUCAUAAUCAUCUCCCUAAGUACAAGCCUGGAGCUUAUGUGGGCAUAAUCACUACCUCCGUAAACAGAGUUAGUGGCAUAAUCCGCAGCAAAAAAAUAACAUCGUUUUAUUAUGUUCUCCCAUCACUCAAUAUACGAAAGUAUCUUUUUACAUCACGACUCCCCUAUUCAUCUCACUGAAAAAAAUAUGCAGUAAAUGUAAAUGUUCAUGUUCACAUCACAUCAUAAUCACUUGUACUAACGUUUCCUCCAUUCUUCUUGGAAACUUUUUCUUAUAUUUAUGUUAGCUGUCUCCCAUCCAACAAAAAUAGUAUGGGUCUUUUCAAUAAAAUUACAUAAUAUAUUAUAUUAUUAUUGUUAAUUACUGUUGAAAUUUUAUCCUUGUUAUUACUAUAGAUUCAAAUUAUUAUUACAUAGGCAUUUAAUUCAAGAUUUUAUAUUCUUUUUUAUUCGAAAAGAGUUGCUAUUAUUUUCAAUUAAAUUGAACCUCUCAGAAGGUCUGCGUCGUUUUCUAUCUCUCCAAUGUAAAGUGUGAAUUUUAAUCGUAAUUAAUUCCAUGAGAACCAAUUGGAGAAGCCAUCUUUUCAAAAAAAGCCUUCUCUGAUUGGUUCUUGUGAAAUUAAUCGUUAAAAUUUAACUGUUUUUGUGCAACCGGGCCUGAGACUAUGUAAUACAAUAACAUCAGAUGUUAAUAAUUCUACUUACUAUUAAUUAAUUAUUGUUAAAACUUUAUCAACGUUUAUUUCGAAAUUAUUCUAUUCCAAUUAAUAUUUUUAUUCUAUAACAUCAUAGACAAUUUAUUCAAUACACAUUGCAGAGUAAUAGUUUAUUCAAUUGUUUUAUUCUAAAAGAUUUCAUAUUAGUUUCAAUUAAAUUGAAAUAAAAGUAUCUACAAUUUAUUAGUGUAGCCUAACUAGUAGCCCAAUUAAAUAUAGAUUUAUUUCAAAUUGUCGCCUACUGUUAAAAGACACAUCAUAGGUGUUCUAGUUUUGCAAUCCAACUUCUCUGAUGGCCACGAAUAUUAAUUGUUCAUUAAUACAAUUAACAGUUCAUUAAUAUAAUUUCUGUAAUACUUAUUUGUCGAACAGACAUUUUUGUACAAAACAUAUCAGAUUUGAAUCAUAUGAAUCCGUCUUAUUCCCAUAUUAUUGUGUAUUUCAUAUCUAAAUAGUUGUUUCAUUACUUUUAAACCCACCACCUUUCCAUGUGCACUGUGAAAAUUGGAAUAUCUACAGUAAUUAAAUUUGAUUAUAAAUGUUUGAAUAUAAUGUUUAGAUGUUGCUGUUUGUGUGUGUGAGAUAAUCAGAUAAAUUUUCAUUGUUAUUUCAAUAAGUUUUAUUAUUGAUAUACGGUACAUAAAUUUAAUCCUCCUCCCUUCUCCCUCCUUCCCUAACAUUAUAUCAUAAGAAUGACAUAUUUUAUUGUUUAAAGUUAUUCUCGUAUUUAUUUUUAAAUAAAGAAAGAACAUAGUAUAAAAAAUAAUAUUUAACAUAAUCUUGAGUUAUGAGACCAAAACUCACAAGUGGCUUGGCAUUUGAAUGCCUCUCUUUUCAGGGUUAAUGGACGUAAUGAGUCUGUUGUUGAAGACUGUUAAAUGUCUUCAUAUUUAUCGCUUGUAGUAGGCCUAUUGCAUUCCCUUCAAUUAGAAGCUUAUCCAAUUAAUAAGAUCAAAAUUACAUGUCUGAUUAAAUUAUGUUAAAUGUGUAAUUUUAAUCUGUAUUUUCCAAUUUGUAAUUAAUAUUGGCAAAUAUUAUUAAAACUAUUAUGUUAUAGGACAAAACCUAAAACUAUUGUUAUGUAAAGAUGGAUGUUACAUUUAUUGGAUCUGUAAACCUCGUAGUUGAAUUUGUAUGUGAUGAUUAGAUAUUUUAUUAUUUUAAAUAAUAUUUAUUCAAGCUAUGUACUGGUUGCAUGGAAAGACAAUAGUGCUAAUUUCAAAUGGUUAAUGUUUUAUAUUUUGUAAAUUUGUACAUCAUUUUUGUACAACAUAUUGUAACAUGAGUCGUACUUAAUUUGCACAGUUGUAUAUUUAUAUUAUUCGAGUUAUGCGGUAAUAAUAUUUUAUAAUAAUAUGUAAUCCUACAAAAGCUUGGCUUUUGUUUAUAAUUUAUUCAUGAUGAGAAUUGAAUCACUCAUAAUGAAUUAUAUAUAAAUGCAAAAUACUUUUGUGAAAUUUAUAAAGAUUAUUAUUAAUAACUUUUAUGAAAAUCAUGAAAGCAUUUUAACACUUAGUUAAAAUAUAGUUACAACGAGCUUAAUAUUUAAUAUUUGUUGUCGGAUUGCAAAUAUCUAUUCAACUAGGCUACUGUACUGUAUUUGAUUUUAAUUCACAUAAUGUAGAUGGUGUUGAAAUACCACUAUAUCUAUGUAAUAAUGAUCGAAGUAAAUGAACAGUAGUUUUAUGUGCAAUUUAGAUUGUGAUAAACUUUACUAGUUACCUGUCGGGACCAAUUGUAAAAUUUCCAAUCGCCAACUUGUAUUUAUAAUUUAUUACAAAUCAAUAAUGUAUUCCUGUUAUUCUGAUUUUCAUAUUCCAUUAUACUCAUAGCCUAAUAUGAAAUGUUUAACAUAUUAAUGUUACUGUACAUAAUAUGAGCUAUGAUUUGUUAUUGAAUUAUCUAUUGUAAAACGUAUUGUAGUUCUAAUUUUCAUUUGAAGAUAAGAAUUUUAUGUUAUUUAUAGUUGGUAGGGUUGGAGGGAUUAUUCACAGUUGUUCCAAUGAUUGUCAUUAGUAUUGUUCUUUCGAUUGUAAUUAAAAUUGUGGUUGGACGUAUUCAGUACUGUAUAACAGACUUUUUAUCAAGACAACAUUUUUGUGUACUUCAAAUUAUGUGUAAAUUUUAUUAUUCAAUAAAAUGUUUUUUUUU